UGCGGCAUUCUCGUUUCCCCGCCAGGAAGUUUGUUUUUGCACAAGAAAAAUAUACGAGCAGCAAUACCACAUUUGGGAGUCAAAUUACUGCAAACGAGGCUGUCCGAUUGCUUUUUUUAAUUAACACGAGUAUGGGGAGAGAGUCCAGAACAUGAAGAAAAAGCAGUUGAAAAACCCAGCAUUGAGGCACUACCGGAAGCGCUCGGCCUCGAGGGGCCGGUCGGGGAGCCGCUCUCCAGAGAAGCGUGUGAAGCGUGAUGAGCGCGUCCGCUCCAGGAGCAGAGAGCGAGAGCGCAGGAGAGAGAGGAGUCACAGCAGAGAGAGGAGGAGAUCCCGGUCCAGGGAGAGGAAGCGUGUCAGACGCUCUCGCAGCCGGGAGAGGAGGCGCUCUCGCAGUCGGGACCGCAGGGGUCGGAGGUCACGCUCCACCAGCCCCAGCAAGAGCAGGAAGACUGAUGACGGAUCAAAAUCCAAGGAGAAAAAUGACAGCGCAGAGCCUUCUGCUGAAAAGAAGAAAAUAAAAGAGGAAAAAGAGGACGAAAAGGAUGAAGCUGUGUUUGAAGUUAGGACAAAGGAUGCGACGACAGAACGUCAGCCUGAUGAGAGCUUUGACCAGAAUAAGCUGGAGGAGGAGAUGAGGAAAAGGAAAGAGCGAGUGGAGAAAUGGAGAGAAGAGCAGCGGAAGAAAGCAAUGGAAAACAUCGGGGAGCUGAAGAGGGAGCUGGAGGAGAUGAAGCAGGGAAAGAAGUGGAGUCUUGAGGAUGACGAAGAUGAUGAUGAGGAUGGGGUGGCAGUGGCUCCAGAGGAAGAGGCAGAGGCAGAGGCAGAAGAAGAGGUAGAGGCAGAGGCAGAAAGCAUGGAGGCUGUGGAUGAUGAGCAGGACACGCUAGACGCCUACAUGGAGGAGGUGAAGGAGGAGGUGAAGAAGUUCAACAUGGGCAGCAUGAAGGGUGCAAACGACAAGAAGAGUGGUACAACAGUAACCAAAGUGAUGACUGUAUUAACGACCAAAAAAGCAUCUUCUGAUUCUGAGAAGAAGAAAGGGGAGCUGAUGGAGAACGACCAGGAUGCAAUGGAGUACUCCUCUGAAGAGGAGGAGGUUGAUCUUCAGACUGCACUCACUGGGUAUCAGUCGAAACAGAGGAAGCUGCUGGAACCUGUGGACCAUCAGAAGAUCGAGUAUGAGCCGUACCGCAAGAACUUCUAUGUCGAGGUUCCUGAGCUGGCUAGAAUGAGUCCGGAAGACGUCCAUGUCUACCGGUUGGAAUUGGAAGGAAUUACAGUGAAGGGUAAAGGCUGCCCCAAACCAAUCAAGACCUGGGUGCAGUGUGGCAUCUCCAUGAAGAUUUUAAGCGCUCUUAAAAAACAAAACUAUGACAAACCGACACCGAUCCAAGCCCAGGCCAUUCCUGCCAUCAUGUGUGGCAGGGAUCUGAUUGGGAUUGCUAAAACUGGCAGUGGCAAGACCAUCGCCUUCCUGCUGCCCAUGUUCCGACACAUCAUGGACCAGAGACCUUUGGAGGAGGCGGAGGGUCCGAUUGCUGUCAUCAUGACCCCGACUCGAGAACUGGCCCUUCAGAUUACUAAAGAGUGCAAGAAGUGCUCCAAGCCUCUGGGUCUCAGGGUGGUGUGUGUGUACGGAGGCACAGGAAUCAGUGAACAGAUUGCAGAGCUGAAGAGAGGAGCUGAGAUCAUUGUGUGCACGCCCGGGCGCAUGAUUGACAUGUUGGGAGCCAAUAAUGGUCGAGUCACAAACCUGCGCAGAGUCACCUACGUUGUGAUAGAUGAAGCUGACAGGAUGUUUGACAUGGGUUUUGAACCGCAGGUCAUGCGCAUUGUCGACAACAUCCGUCCCGACCGGCAGACAGUGAUGUUCUCAGCCACGUUCCCCAGAGCCAUGGAGGCCCUCGCUCGGAGGAUAUUAUCCAAACCUGUGGAGGUGCAAGUGGGAGGCAGAAGCAUUGUGUGCUCGGAUGUGGAGCAGCAUGUGAUUGUCCUUGAGGAAGAGAACAAGUUCCUGAAGCUGCUGGAGCUGCUGGGUCACUACCAGGAGAAGGGCUCUGUUAUAAUAUUUGUAGACAAACAGGAGCACGCGGAUGGGCUGCUGAAGGAUCUGAUGAAGGCCUCGUACCCUUGCAUGUCCCUUCAUGGAGGCAUCGACCAGUAUGACCGAGAUAGCAUUAUAAAUGACUUUAAGAAUGGAGCCUGUCGGCUGCUUGUGGCAACCUCGGUCGCUGCCAGAGGGCUGGAUGUCAAGCACCUGAUCCUGGUGAUCAACUACAACUGCCCCAAUCACUAUGAGGAUUAUGUGCACCGAGCCGGCCGCACUGGGAGAGCAGGGAAUAAAGGGUUUGUCUACACCUUUAUUACGGAGGACCAAGCUCGCUACGCUGUGGAUAUUAUAAAGGCUCUGGAGCUGUCGGGAGCCGCUGUUCCUCCACAACUGGAGCAGCUGUGGAACAACUUCAAGGAUCAACAGAAAGCUGAGGGAAAGAGCAUCAAGAGCAGCAGCGGCUUCUCUGGGAAGGGCUUCAAGUUCGACGAGACGGAGCACGCUCUGGCCAACGAGAGGAAGAAGCUGCAGAAAGCUGCGCUGGGGCUGCAGGACUCCGACGACGAGGACGGUGCUUUAGAUAUUGAUGAGCAGAUCGAGAGUAUGUUCAACUCGAAGAAGAGGGUGAAGGACAUGGCCGCACCAGGGGGGGGUGGAGGAGGGGGGGCCAACGCUCCUGCUGGCGGCGGGGGGGGGCCCAGCAUGCUGGUGCCCUCUGCUGGCAACGCUGAGAAACUGGAGAUCGCCAAGAAACUGGCACUGAAGAUCAACGCCCAGAAGAACCUGGGUUCAGAAGCACUGGAUGUGAUGCAGCAAGCAACAAAUGCGGUUCUGCGCGGAGGCACCAUUCAGCCACAGUCUGUCUCUGCAAAGACCAUCGCGGAGCAGCUGGCUGAGAAGAUCAACGCCAAGCUGAACUACAUCCCUGUGGAGAAGCAGGAGGAGGAGAAACAGGAGAGCGCGCAGAACGAGACCCUCAAGAGAUACGAGGAGGAGCUGGAGAUCAACGACUUCCCCCAGACUGCCCGCUGGAAGGUCACCUCCAAAGAGGCAUUGCAGAGGAUCGGCGAGUAUUCAGAGGCUGCCAUUACCAUCCGAGGGACUUACUUCCCACCAGGCAAGGAGCCGAAGGAAGGAGAGCGCAAGAUCUAUCUGGCCAUCGAAAGUGCAAACGAGCUGGCCGUGCAGAAAGCUAAAGCAGAGAUCUCCAGGCUUAUUAAAGAAGAGCUCAUCAGACUGCAAAACUCUUACCAGCCGACCAGCAAGGGAAGAUACAAAGUUUUGUAGGAGUGCAGGCGCAUGAAUGGAAGAGCGCUGCGUUUCUGUCUUCUCGGGGAGUGCAGGCGCAUGAAUGGAAGAGCGCUGCGUUUGUCUUCUCGGGGAGUGCAGGCGCAUGAAUGGAAGAGCGCUGCGUUUCUGUCUUCUCGGGGAGUGCAGGCGCAUGAAUGGAAGAGCGCUGCGUUUGUCUUCUCGGGGAGUGCAGGCGCAUGAAUGGAAGAGCGCUGCGUUUCUGUCUUCCCGUGUUCCUAUGUGAAUGGACUGCACUUUUCUUUUGUGUUUUUACAGGAGCUGUAGAUUCACGGUCAUGCUUGUAAUAACAGGAUCCUGUCCAGGAGAGUUUAUACACGUGUGUUUUAUCAUUUCUCAUCUCAGCUCAAUCUGUUUGAGUUGUUGUAAAUUCCACUUUUUUUUCUUUGUUUAAAAUACAUCGUUUGAAGUGCUUAGCAGUGGAGGAAUAGCUGUCCUCGAUCCCGUGGUUUGGUUUCUUGCAGUAAUUCAUUUCUUGGAUUAAAAUAUAGAAUUGGACUUCUCCCUUAAAUUAGAAUGGAAUUUUAGAUCAGAGUGUUUUUAUAGAAAGCUUGGUCUUCAUCCUAUUAAGAGUACUGUGCUGAAACGGUGCCCUUCUGUAAGACAAGAGCAUUGAAAUUGGUAUGUUGUAUGUCUUGCGCAUGUUGUAGACCUGAAAGAUUUGGGUACGUUGAUGAUCACAUUUGUGUUUAAGUUGGCAUUUCUCAUGUGCUAAUUUCAGUCCAUGUGCUUUUUGGUUUUGUUUGUCAGAAGUUUGAGUUGCCCUUGUACUGACCCUAAUUUUAAAACAUACUUUAUUAUAAGACUUAUUUUAGAGUGAAAACAAAACUAAUAAUGACACAAUGGGAUGUAUAUACAGCUGUAGUUUCUAUGACAAUUAAAGUGAAACUAUGUAGAACCAUCUUCAUUCAUCUUCACUCUUGGCGUUCGGUGUGAGGUUUUACAUUCAGAUCAAGCACUCACUGGAGGUUUAAAUUCAGAUGUUCUACAUAAAUGUAAUAAAGUGGGUCUGCCUAUCUUUCUUUUUUUUUUUUUAACUGUGCUGUUAUUUAUGUAUUUUUUUCUUUGUAUUAAUUAUUUUUUAUAUCUCUAAGAUACAGAUUUUAAUAAAGGCUGCAUUCAUAGUA